UACAGCCAAGCAGUCGACAGUCUCUCCUGCAGAGGGACGGGGAAAAAAACCACACACACACACACACACACAUACACACACACACACACACACACACACACACAUACACACACACUUACACACACAUACAUACACGUACAUACACACUCACAACUCCGGCAACGACGGGCUGUAGUUUUGCAGUAUGUUACACCUUCGGCCAUCUCCGUUUAAACACACUCGCCCGGCAACUGUUUGAUUUUGCUGGUGUGUAUUUUUGGAAAGAUUUGUUUUUUCCCCUCUCGGCUGAUGUAAAAAAAAAUCUCUCCCUCUAUUGGAAUGAUGUGGACCUCUCAUGAUACUGUUGGAUUUGUUUUCUUAGCCGGCUUUUGUGUCCAAUUUGGAUUCUCUUUUGAAGGACGGUUCACGGAUCUGCCCUCCAAUAUGACAGCUAAAGAGGGACAAAACAUAGAAAUGGCGUGCGCUUUCCAGAGCGGAACGGCGUCAGUGUACUUGGAGAUCCAGUGGUGGUUUGUCAAAGCGCCGGAACCCACUGACAGUGAGGAAGACGUCGAUGCAGAAGAGAUGGAAAUGAUACCAGACCCAGAUCCUGAUGAUGAGGGGACAAAAAUAAGUACGGUGAAGGUCCAGGGCAACGACAUCUCCCACAAGCUGCAGAUCUCCAGAGUCAGCAAGAGUGACGAAGGUCUGUAUGAGUGCCGGGUGACACGAGCUAACUAUGGCGAGAUUGUGGAGUACAAAGCCCAGGCCUGGCUGACGGUCAACACCACUGCUAGGCCACGCCGACCAUCACCGCCUGCCAAGAAGAGCUCCCCACUCCACCUGACCGACAAGAAGCCGAGGAAGUCCAGCUCACCUCUGGGCCAGGACAGCAUGAGUUCAGACCAGAGGGUGGGAUCAACCUCCAGCUCUCACACAUCCUCCAAGACAGCUAAACACAACCCCGGCUCAGGUACAAGAAUAUCAUCCAGCUAUGGACUGGCUGUCCUUCUUCUGGCUUGUGGUUUGGUGAGGGAUGCCUUGUUAUAAUUUGAAGAACUGACAGGAUUUGCACCCAAAUCGCUCUCUCGAUUUACUCUCGAAGUGAAUGAGAAAAUUGCCUGUUUUUUUCCCCCACCAAGCGGACAGCACAGUUGGCCCUCAUUUUCCAAGCCACUACUCCUGUUGCACCCAGCACAUUCUUAUUAGCCACUGUAAACAUCCGUCACCUUUAAACCAGUCGGAUUUCCUGUUGUACAGAUGCCUACUGGACAACAUCUGAGGUCCAGCGUUCCAAAGCGAAAAUGGACUCUCACUGGAUAAUUCUGAUGGAGGAAUGACUUUCUCUUGGUUUUACUGUUCCAGUUCAUGUGUUCAUCGCCCAAAAGUGACAAAGAAAAAAGGAGAAUCUAUAUUUGUGUAAUAUAUAUGAUUAUAGCUAUAUAUCUGUUUUAUUUGAAACACCUGGAAUUACUGUAUGUACAGUAUACAUAGCUUGACACUCACCAUAUUAAUCAUGCAACUUCAUUGUGAAAAAGGUACUCCGGCCCUCCUCAAGACUAAGACCCAGCAAAAGAAAUAAAAAUUUGUGUAUUAUUUAGAUUCUUAAUGGUAAAUUCAUUUCAUUUGUUGUUCAUUUGAAUGGUCAAUUCAAAUUAUCUAAUGUGUAAAUGUUUUACAUCAGAAGUACACAACCAUCUCUUGUGAUACAGCUGGACGUCACUCUUGGUCUAACGGCCUAAAUAAGAGGAACAUACUACAUUAUUUGAUCAGCUGCAUAUGACCACAAGUCAGUUUUUUGAAGUCGGUUUUUGGUGUUCAUUUCUAUGGUAUGUUGAAUUUACUUUAAUUGUAAUGUGCUACCUUUUGGUGUGAAAAAAAAAUAUAUCGUCCUUUGACAUUUUAAUUUGCAUUACAUCCUCCAAAGGAAUAAAAGGAUGUCACAAUAUAAGAGUCAGUCAUUUAAAAUGCUGAUACGUGACCAAUAGACUAUUCAUUUCAAUUGAGCUGCACUAACACUGCAUACAGCACCAUUUCAAAAUGGCAUGCUUCAGUUGCUGUGCAAGUAGACUAGUAUGUCUCAUUACUACGAAGGAUGAGUGAGCAUUAACACACUCUGGAUUAUGAAUAUUGCUAGUUUGCAUUAUCUUAAUGGCAACACUUGCACACACACAGACACACACACACUAACGCACACACACACAUCUACUGGACAACACAGAUACACGAUCGGGUGGUUGGACAGUGAAGGGAGAUGCAAUGCAACCCAGAGUGUAGAUUUAUGUAUUAUUAAUAUAAUAUCUGAACCAUGUUAGGGAUUGGGAUGUUAUCUUGAAUUUGAAUUGUUAGAACACAGUAGUAUAUUUUUAGCUUGAUUUUCAGAUGAUAUGUCAUAGAGAUUGUUAUCCAUGCAGAGCAUUUAUAAACUCAACGCUUUGACAAUCUGACACAAUUACACAGAAAAGGUGUUUGGUUUCAUAUUGCUGGAGGGAAGAAAAAAUGUACAUCCAUAUUGAUUAGGUGCUGGCUUACUGGGCAGACAACAGAAGAAGAAGAUGGAAUCUGCACUCUCGUAACUCCAGUGCAGUAAUAUUUAUUUACUUACAAAUCAGCUUUUAGGUAGAUAUCGGCUUCUUCGGGAU